CCUUCCUUCCAGGCUUUGCUAGCGGCGCUCUAGCUAGCAAGACACUUAAAAAUCCCGUUUUCAACGAGCAGCUUUCACUUCCGCCUACGUGAAGAAGGGGGAAAUCAAGAAGGAACCAGGAAGUCCCGUCCUUCUCCAGGCCCCUGACACUUGUCGCACGGCUUCCCCGGCCAUCAGAGACUGCAGCAGGGAGAAGGAGGGGAGAAACGCGGGCCGGGAGGCGGGACCGCCAUCCUUUCCCGGUUUCCUCCGCCGUGGGCCAUGGCCGACUCGACCCGGGGUCCUUUUGCCCGGGCCCUUUUGCAGCAAUGUCUGCACGCGAAGCUGCAGGUGAAGCCUGCCGAGUCGGGUUCCGAAGCCGAAUGGGUGGAGAUACAGCGAGGACUUAUAAUCUAUGUAUGUUUCUUCAAAGGGGCUAGUGAAGAAAUUAUUCCCAAAAUGGUCAAUACGCUCGUGAAUGUGAAGUUGAGUGAAACGGAAAGCGGCGAAUACGUUUCUGUUCUGGAUUUGCCAGGCAGCAUAUUAGUAAUACCUCAGGCCACGCUGGGUGGCAAACUGAAGGGAAGAAGAAUGCAGUAUCAUUCCAACAUUGAAAAGGAAAUUGGGAUGGAGCUGUAUUCCCAGUUUGUGACUCAGUGUCGACGGGAACUGACUGCAAAUACCAAAUUUGCAGAGUCUGGGGUUGCUCUCAAGUACGGCACAUAUGGAAACCGGCAGGUGUUGAAAGUGGAUACAAAUGGAUCUUUCAGUCAUAUGAUUGACUUUUGAAGAAAAAAGUGGUUUUUAUUUUUUUUAAGGACAUGCAUACUGCCUAAGGGAUGUUGCACGGUUGUGUUAAGGAAUAUACAGUAGUUAAAUUGAUUCUAAACAUUUGAGAGUGAGGAAAAGAUUUCUGUAAACCCAGCUAAUAAAUAUAUUUAAUUCUUCUAAGUUAAA